AGCUCAGGCAGCUGCACGGGGGCCACUCCAGGGUUGACUGUGCCGAAAAGUUUUCUGAUCCUUGCUCUGGGUGAAAGACGCUGGAGACUUGAACGAGGGUCACAGCAGUGGAGGGGCUGACAGGUUGCAGGAAGAAGCUGUGGGACGUGCUGAUCGAUGGAAGUGGGGGAGACCUGAGCGCUCAGAAGAUGCAUCUUCCCGACCACCUGCUCCUCCUCCUGGUUGGACUACUAGCCCUUUCUCACGAUGGCCAAGGUCAGACCGACAGCCACCAUCAGGAGGCUCCGGGCACAGGUGAGGGCUCCCCCAGCCUGAAGAUCGCCCCGAGCAACACCGCCUUUGCCUUCAGCUUCUACCACCUGAUGGCUGCCCAAAACCCUGGGAGCAACAUCUUCUUCUCCCCGCUGAGUAUCUCCACCGCCUAUGCCAUGCUGUCCUUGGGGGCCCGCUCCCACACCUGGACCCAGAUCCUCGAGGGGCUGGGCUUCAACCUCACAGAGAUACCCGAGUCCGACAUUCACCUGGGCUUCCAGCAUCUCCUGCGCACUCUCAACCUCCCCGAUGACAAGCUAGAGACGCGUGUGGGCAGUGCCCUUUUCCUGAGCCAGGACGUACAACUCCUUCCAAGCUUCCUUAAUGACACCAUGACCUUCUAUGAGUCCAAACUCUUCCGCACCAAUUUCCUCGACUCUGACGGCACAACCCAGCUUAUCAACAACCACAUCAAGGAGGAAACUCGAGGGAAGAUUCAGAACUUGGUCAGCAGGCUCAGCACAGAUACAGUGAUGGUGCUGGUGAAUUAUAUUUACUUCAAAGGUUGGUGGGAGAAACCAUUUAACCCCUCGAAGAAUAAGCUCGAAAACUUUUAUGUGGAUCAGAGUACUUCAGUCAAGGUACCUAUGAUGUUUCAAGACAAGCACCACCACUGGUACCUUCAUGACAAAUACUUGCCCUGCUCGGUGCUGAGGAUGGAUUACAAAGGAAAUGCAAAGGCCUUUUUCAUCCUUCCUGACCAAGGGAAAAUGAAGCAGGUGGAAGGGUUUUUGACUCCAGAGAUGCUGACACGGUGGAACAAGUUGCUCCAGAACAGGUCAUUUUACAGGAAGCUCGAGUUGCAUUUCCCAAAGUUCUCCAUUUCCGGCUCCUAUAACUUAGAUCAGAUUUUGCCCAUGCUGGGCAUCAGGGACCUGUUUUCGCGGCAGGCUAACUUGUCCGGCAUCACCACAGAGCGAGACCUGCUGGUGUCCAGGAGUUUCCACAAGGCCGUCCUGGACGUGGACGAGGCUGGCACUGAGGCUGCAGCGGGCACCAGCGUCUCUGUCACCUUUCUGUCCGCCUCAUUCAAUCCCCGAGUCCUUUGGUUCAACCGGCCUUUCCUUGUGGUGAUCUUUUCCACCGAUACCAACACCAUCCUCUUUCUGGGCAAGGUUGUCAAUCCCACGAAAUCCUAGGCCUCCCAGAGCUGCAGGUCUGCAGGAAGGCGUGGCCUGGAGGCCUGGCCAUGAGCAGCUCUGCUUUGGAGUGGGGGGUGUAGAAGAUGCCAAAGCUGUUGGUGAGGGCGAGUGAAGUGGUGGCACCGGAUGGGUGUGGACUGGACGCUUGGCUCUCCAGGUCUGUGUGACCUCGGGCAGAUCAUGGAAUCUCUGAAUAAGUGUCUGCCCCAGAAAGUGUGAGAAGUAAACAAACUGAUGACCAUGA